AUGAACAAGUAUCUUCUCCUCGGUUUUUCUAUUCUGAUCUUCUGCACAGUUGGUCAAGGUCUUAUAUGCAAUGUUUGCAAGUUUAAAGUUGGCAAUGUUUGUAUCAGUUCUGAUGAUCCCUGUCGAACGAAAGAAGGCGAGCAGUGUGAGACGACCAGAGUUUAUAGAGGCUCUCUAAAGCUUUUCACGAAGCACGACUGCAGCAAAAUGAUAGAGCUCUGCAACAAGACCGAACAGAGGGAUGAUGUUUUUGACCUGAAUUACAAUCGCACUUGCUGUACAUUUGACUUAUGCAAUGGGGGAGUGGUCGGCCAACCUAGCUUCACCCUCUUUACUGGCCUCAGCUUGGCACUUGGUUGGUGGCUCACACGUUAACUUAUAAAUCAAUCAAAACGACGACAACAACAAUAGUGGAAGGCUAUGCUCUUCUCAUCCUGUUGCAACCCUAGGACCCCAGUCUUUCACACACUCAUGCCCAAAGAGAUGAAUUCAGAAACCCGGCAAUGGCCUUCCCUCACCAUCUUAAUGUUGAUUCUACUGUUGUCAGGAAAAUUUUGUGUGGUGCAUUUUCUUGUUCAUUAACGAUUUGAUGAACGUGUAAAAUUAGCCAAGUGAGAUGUGUUAAGGAAACCCAUGUUUACAACAGAGUUUCCCUCCCUCCAGUAAUCUUUCAGCAAGGCAUCUUGGACCUGGACCUGGAUUUAACUGAGUAGCUCUGAAUGACGGCUUAUCAAGCAGACACUAUCCUUGUUGGUUUGCUUUUGUUUUUUCCUAUCUAUAAUGAGAAGAUUUCAGAUAGACAUGGAGUGUUUAAUGUUUUUAAUGAAAAAACGUACCAAUAAAACAUAUAUUUGAAAGAGAAGACUUGGCCAACUCUCAGUAAACCAUAACACCACGGGCUAUGUUUGUUGUUUGUUUGUUAUUUAACAAAUGUUUAGUUUGGUAAGUUGAAAGGACUGACAG